GAUACAUAGAAUUUCACAAGUUUCCAAUAUGAGUUUCUGGGCUACUCUCAGAGGGUUUUGUAUCUUUAUGUCUUAAGAUAUGAAUCAGCUCUGUUCCCGACUUUGGAACCGACGAUGAUUCUUCUUCACCUUCUUCUACUUCUACUUCUUCUUUCUCCUCCUUGAAUCUCAAUCUCCUCCAGAACAUUAAUCCAUCAUGGGUGAAGAUGAUAUAGUGGAGCUCUUAUGGAAAAGCGGCCAAGUUGUUGAAAGCAGCCAGGAACAGAGACCACCUGUUCCUCCUUCCAUUCUCCGAGGCAGCGGAAGUGGCGGCGGAGAAGAAAGUGCUCCGCUUCCAUCGCCUCCGCCUCUCCCUAGUCACCAACAGCAACUGUCUGAUGAUCAGAAUCUAUUCAUAGGCGAAGACGAAAUGGCGUCUUGGCUUCUUCACCAUCAUCCUCUCCGCGAAGAAGGUGAUUUCCACUCCCAUCUUUUUUACUCCGGCGUCGUCUCAGCCGUCCCAUCUACUCAGCUGCAGGCCUCCGCCUCUCUCACACCACCACCGCCCCCAGCAGCAGGUAGUGCUAUUUACACUCCAACGGCGGCGGAGAGACCGAUGGGUCAGGCUAUCGCCUCGAGAAGGGCGGCGAGCUUCUUCAACUUCUGGAGGCUAAGAGAGAAUAUACAUACGGGCGGUAGAGUUGAAGCAGCAGCUGCACCGUGGGUUCCGGUGGUUAAAGAUUCGACGCAGGUGGGAUCAAGCGCGACUCCGUCGUCUUCGGCGGCGACGGCCACUAGCGGAGUCUUGCAGACUUUUGCAGUUCCGAGUCUUGGUCAGAGGGGGGUUGAUACGGUCUGCGAUAUCCCCCGACCAUCUUCGUCGGUGGUCUCAAAGACAGAAACGGAGCUGUUUCGGAUAGAGACAGAAGCUGGUGAUGAUGAGAGGAAGCGAAAGGAGAGAGAGGAACCCUCUGAUGAUGAAGAGGUAAGUCAGUGCUCUGAGGUGCAUGUUAGUCACUUUGACCGCGCGCAGAGUCAGUCAAACUGUUUGGUGGCGUUACAGGAAACUGGUGAAGAAGCUCGUGGUUCAACGUCUAGGAAGAGGUCACGCGCUGCGGAAAUGCAUAACAUCUCUGAAAGGAGAAGGAGAGAAAAGAUCAACGAGAAGCUGAAAGCUCUCCAAGAACUCAUUCCUCGCUGCAACAAGACUGAUAAAGCUUCAAUGCUAGAAGAUGCUAUUGAGUACGUUAAGUCGCUUCAGAUGCAAAUACAGAUGAUGUCAAUGAGAGGUGGUGGUAUGAUGCCGAUGAUGUAUACACCAAAUAUGCAACGUUUCAUGCCUUCCUCAGCAAUGGGAAUGAUGGGCAUGAACCGGCCUCCAUUUAUACCUUUCCCUGGCAUGGCUUUACCUAGGCCGGCUCAUAUGGAAGGUCUAGGUCCACCGUAUCCACCACCAAGAUAUCCUUUUCCAAACGUUCAAGCCUUUGACCCGAACCAGCCUCAGUUUCCGGGUUACAUGAAUCCUUAUAGCCAGUUUGUUGGUCUCCAACAAAUGCAACAACCUCCUCCUCCUACUCAGUUGCAGAAUCAAUCAUCUUCACAGCUGAGUUUCAGCCAGGCAAGUAGUAGUAAGGAACCUGAAGAUCAGGAUAACAAACCAAAAGGUUAAUAAAGGAUCGGUUCUCCAAGCAAAUCCAUAAAGUUGAAGAUAUAACCAGAGACAUAGCAUGUAAAUUUUAGUCAAGGUUAAAAUAGGCCCCCUUUUUCUGUUUCUGUAAAUUUCAAAACAUGGAAUCUUGAGGGUAAUAUAGACAGAUAAGGUGAGUAAGAGAAGAGAUAUAUGUGUUCACCAAAAGCGGUCUUGUUUUUCUAUAAAGACAAUGAACAUUUCUCUC